AGUGGAACUAUGUUAAAGCUAACAGCUAAAAUUAGCUAACGUCAAACUUAACAGCUGCAUCUCCAAUUCAUAAUUAGUAAUUAGCUAAUGCUAGUUAGCCAUUUUAGCCCAUUCACACUAACCCACACAUAAUUCGGAGUUGUUUGAUGGUCUUUGUGUUUACUGGCCUCAGUCCAACAAUAGCAGGGAGGUCUUGUACGCAGUGUUUGUCAUCCCACUCGGUGCCCCCCACCCCCUUUCAGUGCUUGGACUGCUCCAUUUCGCAUCUGAAAAAAUCUGACAGUUGGAGAAGAGUCAUUCAUGUCAGGGACUGCUGUAGCCUCAGCACUAAGAGUACUGUAGCUCCUGGAUCACAUCAGAUAAGCAAAUGGAUGAGAAAGAGCUGAGUGAUCCCCUGAAUAACGUGUCACUGAUUAAAGACGAUCUGACCAGGUCAAACAUGGGGUCCACCGGUGACUCUGAAAAAAUAAUCCAGCGCCUGAAUGACGAACUUCGAGAAGCACAGGAGCGAGCUAAUACUGAGAAGCACAAAUACUUGGAGCUACAAGGUAUCCUGGAGGAAGAGAGAAAAGAAACUAAACAACAAGCUGAUGAAUCUGCAAAACAGAUAAAACUUCUUCAAGGCCAGCUGCGGCAGCUCCAAGACGAAAUGGGUGUUCUCAGAGAGCAGAUGGAUGUUUCCUCCAGUUCACGAGACGAGCUGCAAAGCGCACGUGACGAGGCGAAGUCACUGAAACGCGCCCUGGAGUCAGCCGCUGCUGAGCGGGACCGUGACGUCGCUGCCAUCCAGACGAACCUGGCAACCGUCUCGAAGGAUCUGGACAAAUGGCGUCAGACUGCUAACAAAUAUGAGCAAGAGAUUGACAACCUACAGCGUGACCUUCAGCAGCAGAGCAAGCAGUGGCAGAAAACUGCAGAGAUACAAGCUGGUGAGCUGCAGUCCAUGCAGGUGGAGUGUAAUGGCCUACAGAAGGAAUGUUCUGUCCUGCGAUCUGAGAAACAAGACAUCGUGAAUAAGCACCAGAAGGAAAGGAGCAGUCUGCAAAGCGAAUGUGCUUCCCUUAGAGCUGAGAAGGAAGAACUCCUCAAGACUCACCAGAAAGAGAAGGGCAACCUGCAGAGUGAAUGUGCAGCUCUGCGCUCUGAGAAAGAGGCUGUGCUGCAGAAACAGAAGCAGCUGGAGAAAGACCUUGCCAGUUCACGUGCCCAGAAUGCUGAACUAAGCAACAGCCUCAAGGCCCUAGAGAGAUCCCAGCAGGAGUUAGAGAAGAGGCUGGCGGCCCUGCAGCUCCAGCACCAGCAGGAUAGCACCAAGUUGCAAAGCCAACUGGAUGAGGCAGACAGUCGCAGCAAGGCUCUGCAGAAAGAGUAUGAGGAGGCUAAGACGGAGCUGUCAGACCUAAAGGAAAAAUAUGAGAAGACCGAGCAGGAAAAACAGUCGCUUACAGAUGAACUUGAGGAGUGCAAAGCCAACAUGAAGGAAUUACAGGAGAAGGGAACUAAGACAUCCCUAUUGCUGCCUGUUCAAGCCAUAGUCAUCGGCCUUAUCCUGGCUUUGCUGUAUUGGUGCUUCGGCGCAUUGUGGUAGUAAGAAACCAUGGAUGAUCUGGGGGCCUGUGGUCGCUGUGGCUCUAACAGCUGUGACUGCUGCUGUGCUCUUCAGGACCUGAGGGCAACUCGCUCAAACACACACACACAUGCACAAACAAAUGAAUCCAUAUUUGUUGUCAGAUUUGUCUGCACUGAAACAGAGAAAAACUUGCCCCCUUAUCAUAUCUGCACUAUUAAUUAGGAGGGCUCAUACUUAACACUGUUUAAUUUUUAAGAUGCUCUAUUUUAGAUGGCAGAGAUGUUAAUAAAAGAAUGUCAGUUUUGUGUGCAAAUGAAUACGUUUGUUUGUAUGUCUGUUACGUGAUGCAACUCUAGUUGGGUCAUUUUUUUGGUUACUAUUUUGACUUAUAGGAUUAUCCAUUAAUGAAUGUAAAGAUACUCUACACAGUUAAUUAAUUCUAAAUAUACAUGAUGAUAUUUUUGGGGUUUGAACCUCCCUAAAUGUAACACAUCUCUGUAAUUGUCGGAAUAAUAAAUAUCACAGUAUUCAGCCCUGAA